UGAAAAUGAGAAAGAGAGAAAAUCAUGUGAAGCAGAAAGACGAUCGUACAGAACCAGUUGCAGUUCGCAAGUUGCGGUGAACGCAAGCAUUGAAAUCUUUUCUCAAAUCUCGUGGAUGUAGUAAAGAGAAAAAAAAUAUAAAAACGAAUGAAAUAAUUGAUGUAAAAUUAGAACGAAGUAAGGUUGAAUAGAACUAUAGUUAAGUGAAGUGCAUAGAUAAAAAAUUUCUUAAAAGAAACCGAAAAAAGAGGAAGAAAUAAAAAUAAAAGAAAAUAAGAAGAAAGAAAAAAAUAUUUUUUUUUGUGAAUUAACAGGUGAAUGGAUGAGGAAAGGAAGUGCUAAAAUAAAAUAUUUACCUGAGAUAUAUCGUAUAAUUUUGAAUCAUUACAUUUCGAAAAAAUAAAUAAAAGGAGAACUUUGAUCUUUUCCUUAUAAGCCGAAAAAACCAACCGAAUGGAUAAUUACUAUAAAAUUUAUAGUGGUGAUGAAAUAUAGAUAAAAUUAAUGGACAUGUGUGGUGGCUACCAACGUUAAGCAUUGAGAAAAAAAAAUAGAAAAAAAAAUUGUAAUCAUAAGGAUAAUUGAUUAUCUCAUCGAAUCAAUAAGAAUUGCCUAUUUACGCAGAGUUGAGUUGACAGACAUAAUGGCAUUGUGAAAUAUAAGCAACAGAAAUAAAAAUAAAAAAAAUAAGUGAAGUGAAGUAAUCGAAAUAUUAUUGCAACAAAGAUGGUGCCGCCAUUCAAUAAUAAUUGAGUUUCACAGUGAACAUACAUCCUCGGCUCCGUGUCUCUACGACUGAAUACUUGUUAAGUGCCAAUAACAAGAAAAAAAGUAUAUUUUUUUUUCAAUAUCGCUUGUGGUGAAAGAAGUUGAAAAGGGAGGCAAAAAUUUACAGAUCAUAAAAAAAUUGCACGGCGUGCACUGUGCAUAUACAGCUAGAAAAAAAAGUAAAAGCGCUAAAAUAAGCUUGCGGUUGUUCAAAAAGAGUAUUUUUUGUGAUAAAUCUUUUCGAUGUUAUUUAAGUGUUUGCUUGAUAAAUAGAAGAGGCAAAAAAACCGCAAGAAACAGUGCAAAAUUUCCUGCUUUUGAUCUCUUCUUACGAAAAAAGAAGAGAGAAGAUCGUAAAAAUAAAUAAAUCAGCCAAGUGCGAGACAAGCUGAAAUGUUGUGAAAAAAAAUACAAGAAUUUCCAUAAAAUAUGGUUCAUUGGUUUUUGAUGCCAUUUAUUCGUUAUUUGUUGCGGUUUUCAGAUUGAAUUAUUGGACUGAAUGCACUUGUAAGCAUAUCAAAAUACAUACGCGUAUAAGCAACAUACGGUCAGUGAUUCUUAGAAUUCACUCGGAUCAUAAAAAAUUCUAAAGACACUCAAAAACAUUUUUUUGGGAAUACAGGAAGGAGGUGCUGCACAUAUAUAAAAAAAUAUGACGAUGUGGCUCUUCCAAUUCAAUCAGCGACGCCGAUUGUUGACAAAAGUCUUGUUUGUUUUACUCAAUCAAUUGAUGGUGAUGGGAAUUUAUGGUAAAUUGUGUGAAGUUGAAACGGGACAAAAUAAUAUCAUCGUAGACAUUGAGGAGAGUCGUGGUAAUGCAGUCAUCAAUACACAUGAAAAUUCACCCAAACUACCUAUACAUGGCGAUGUCGACGAUGAGAUCACAUUGGGAUUAAAUUUACCCGAAGGAAGCAAUAAUUUAUUCAAAUUAAAUGGCAAAUAUUUGCAAUUGGUUCAUCCACUUGAUCGAGAUAAGGAGAAUUUGAGUCAUAUACAGUUCUCGAUAUCUUGUACAAUUAAAUCAACACCAAGUCGAAGUCGCAAUAUUCCGAUUAUCGUUCGUGUGUCUGAUGUUAACGAUGAGCCGCCAGUUUUUGUUAAUACUCCUUAUGAGACGUCAAUUGCUGAGUCAACUCCCGUGGGCACAACAAUUUUUAACAGUAUAAAGGCAACAGACAUUGAUGCGGGCGUGAAUGGAGCAGUUGAAUAUUUUAUAAUUGAAGGAGAUUUUACUUACAAGACUGAUAGCAAUGAUACAUUAUCAGUAGCAGAUGGAUAUGGCACAUUUGCCAUUUCAUAUCCACAUCAGGGAGAUGUCACGGUUGUAAAAACUUUGGAUUAUGAGCGAGUACAGCGUUAUUACUUAACAAUAGUAGCAUCGGAUCGUGCUAGAAAUGUGUCAGAAAGAUUAUCGGCAACAACAACACUUGUAAUAAAUGUAGAGGAUGUCGAUGAUCUCGAUCCAUCAUUCAUCUAUGAUGAUUGCCUAUAUUUUGAUGGAAGCUGUAUUAAUCCUGAGUAUACAGCCACGAUCGUACCUGGCACGGUACAAAAAAGCUUACAUAUCAUGCCACAAGCAAUUAAAGCUAUCGACUUAGAUGCACUAAAUGCUACAUUGAGAUAUGAAUUUAUUGAUGGAACUCCAAAUACUUACAGUCAAUACUUUCAAAUUGAUGAGCUUAGUGCCGAUAUAAGACAAAUUAAGUUAGUCGAUUCGACAGUAUCAGACCGUCAAUUUGUUAUAACAAUUAAAGCAGAGGAAGUAACGGAGCAGAAACGAUUUACAACAGCUAAACUGACAAUAAAUGUAAAGCCUAUUGAUGUCUAUCCACCCGUUAUAAUUGCAUCAGACUUGACGGGUGUCGUUGAGGAGAAUGCACAAAUCGGAACGAGAGUGCUAAGCAUACACAAUAAUAAUCCGAUUAAAUUUAGCAUAAAGGAUGAAGAUUAUUCAACAGAUGUCGAACUUCCAAUUUAUUCAUUUGAAUCAACAACAAAUUUAUUUUCUGUCAAUAAGGACGGAUACUUAAUAGUCAACGAUAGUUCAGGAAUAGAUCGUGAGAAGUCUGAAAAGCUUUUAUUUCAAGUCAUUGCGCGUGAAAUUCAUGGAAAUGCUGCUAGUUCGCCACUUAGUGUCAAUGUAACAAUACUCGAUUUAAAUGAUAAUGAACCAGAAAUCUAUGAGAUGCAACCUGUAACAAUAAGUGCUGGGAAUUCAAAACGACUAGUUGCUCAGGCACUUGCAAAAGAUAUUGAUGCUGGUAUUAAUGCAUCAAUAACUUUCUCGUUUCCAAAUCAAACAGUUAAACAAAAGUUUACGAUCGAUGAGAAAACUGGUGAAAUUUAUUCGGAUGGACGGCUGAAAGCAAAUGAAAUUUGGAAUAUAACAAUUCGUGCGACUGACGGUGGUGGUCUUUAUUCUGAUACAAAUCUACUAGUUGGUGUGAUUGCUGGUCCAAAUACGAAGCCACCAGUCUUUAAUAAAAAUAUUUAUGACAUUGCCGUGAAUGAGUCAUCAAUAAUCAAUUCAUCUGUUGUUAAUGUUCAUGCCGAUGAUCCUGAAACAGAUCCCAUACAUUAUUCAAUCAUUUCGGGUAAUGAUCUACGUCAAUUUAAAAUUAAUUCAGACAAUGGUGCAAUAACAAUUAUUCGUAAAUUAGAUCGUGAAACUCUUACGAAAUAUCAAUUGUUGGUUCGUGCCGAGGACACUGGUGGCUUAUACACAACAUCUGUUGUGAACAUUAAAGUACUUGAUGCCAAUGAUAAUCCGCCAAUCUAUGAUGAAUCGACAUUACCAUAUUUAUUUUCAGUUGAUGAAGGUAAAUUAAACGCAUUGGUUGGUAUGGUGCAAGCAUAUGACAUUGAUGAAGGAAGAAAUGGCGAUGUCGUAUAUUCAUUACCAUCGAGUGUACCAUUCAGAAUUAAUAGUGAGACGGGCGAAAUUUAUACGAGAGAAAAAUUGGCAUUUAAGAAGCAAAGUGAAUAUGAGUUUAUGGUUAAAGCUUCAGACCAAGGUGACACUCCAUUAUCAUCGGAAAUAAGGAUUAAAAUUUCAGUCAAAGACAUUCCAAAUAUUUUGCCAAUUUUUAAUAAGACACAAAUUGAUGCAAAAGUGCCUGAGAAUGUUGUUGAUGCACUUGUGGCUAUGGUUAAAAUAGGAAAUCCUGAAUUAGUUCCGUCAGUCACUUAUGUCAUUAAGAAAAAUCCAUCAAAGGAAUUCUUCAAAAUUGAUCAACAAACUGGUGAAAUAAGAACAAAGCAAGAGUUGGAUUAUGAAACAAAAUCUGUGCAUGAGCUGAUUGUUGGUACAAUGGAGAAUGAUGGGAAAAAUCCAGGAGACAUCAUUAAAAUAAAAGUCAGCGUUGAAGAUCGCAACGAUAUCGCGCCAGUUUUUCUCAUCACACCUGAGCCCGUCAGUAUUACAGACGAUCAAUUAGUUGGCAGUUUAAUUGCAUCGAUGCCAGCCGUAGAUACAGACUCAACAUCGCCUGGUAAUGUCGUACGUUAUGAGAUGACUGGAAAUGGUAAAGCACUAAAAUUCUUCCACAUCGACCCUGAAAAUGGCAAUAUUCGCAUUAAAGAUGACUUAAGAAAAGACACAGCAAAUCAAUAUGAGAUUAAUGUACGUGCUUAUGAUCUUGGCGAGCCACAAUUAAGUUCCGUAUCAACAUUAAUCGUCUUUGUUAAGCACAUUCCAAAUAAAAGUUAUGAAUCGACAACGGUUACUGUUCAAGAAUCGACAGAAGAGUUGGGCUUAGCAUUUGGUGAUGAUGCAUAUGUUACAAAUAUUCCGGAAUCGACGAGUAUUAAUGCCACAAUUAAGUUAAUUCCCAUUUUUAAUGUAAAGAAAUCAACAAGAACUAAAAAUGCUUUCUCAUGUGAAAUCAUAGCCGGAAAUGAAAUGAAUUUAUUUGCUGUUAUAAUUGAAGAUUUAGCCUGUGCUGUCAAAUUAAGAGAGGGAUUAGACUUUGAGAAUAAGACAACACAUGAGUUGAAAAUUAAAUUAAAUUCUAGUAAACAGCGAGUGAAUCAAUUAAAAAGUGUGGCAAUAUUAAAGAUACUCGUACAAGAUACAAAUGAUAAUGCACCAGUAUUCAAGUUUCGACAUAAUGGUAAUGCUAACAGUAAACGCUUUAUGAGAAAUGACACAUAUUAUGGUGUCGUUAAUUACGAUAGUAUGAUCGGUACAACUGUAUUGAAAGUUGUAGCAUACGAUGAAGAUUCCGGUACAUUUGGAUUAAUUAAAUAUCGAUUGGUCGAUGACGAUGCUACUAAUGGACUAUUCAAAGACGAACUUCCAAGUUCUUACUUCAUUAUUACCGACACAGGUGUUAUAAGAACGAGAAAGCCAUUACAUAAAAUUGUUGAUGGACAUUUCUUGUUUAAAGUCGAAGCAAUUGACAAUUACGGAAAGGAUGCAGGAGUCGUUCACCGGUCAUAUGCACGUGUCAUUGUAAAUGUUAUAUCCGAUUACAAUCGUCUUACUGUUGCCAUUUCUGAAUCAAGUCCAAAUGAAGUGCAACGUUACAAGCAGAAUCUUGAAGAUGUUCUGACUGAAAAAGCUAAUGGCUUAUUUGCAUCAAUUGAAAAGUUCUCAAACAGAAAAUCACUGACUCAAAAUGGAUCAAUAAUUGAACUGCCAGACUCAACGGAUACUUGGUUUUAUGUCAUUGAUCCAAAGACUGAAACGAUUCUUUUGAGAAACUCAAGUGCUCUCGCCAAUUCUCUUUUGGAUGUAAGCAUUCAGACACAGGUUACGGCUGCUAUUUCGCGCUUAGUUCGAUCACCGGUUGAUGGAAUUUUUGCACCACUUGAAACAGAAAAUGAGAUUCAUCAUUUAGAAAUUUCUAAUUCGCAACAGAAUGGAGAUAAUUUGUUAAAUUAUUCACUCAUUAGUCUUGCUGUUGUGGCAUCCAUCAUUGUGAUAAUUGGAGGCGUCUAUAGUUUUAUAUGGUGGAAUAAAUUUCACCACUCAAAAGCAGCACAAUCAGCAGCAUCAACAAUGUCAAAUAAUCGAAAUCAAUUAAGAGUUGACAAUAACAAAUUUAAUCAAUUGCAAAAUGUUCAUGCAGUGCAAGUGAACCUUAAAGAAUUGAUAGUAGCGUAUGAUGGAAGUGCGAGAUGACAAAUAGAAGAUGAAAUUAGAAAAUAUUUAAAGUGAUUUUAUAGAUUUUAAAAGAAAAAAAUUAAUAUUGUAAAUUGAGGAGGAAAAUGAAUUUUGUUAUUUUCUCAUUUCUAGUCGAUUUAGACAAUCAACUGAUUAUAUUUAGAGAAUAUUAUUUCAUCUUGUCCUAGAUAUUUACACUUUGUAAGAUUGAAUUGAUGAAUGAUCAUCCUCAUUUGAUUUAAAGUCAAUAUUUCAUUAUUAGAGACAUAGAGGUCGGGUGGUCGUGGAUUGGAUUUGCUUGAUUAAACUUAGUAGUUCAAAUAUUGCCUAGACUUGCCUAAUUAGGUUGCUACUUAGUCGAGAAAACCUCAUUCCCGAUGCACUCAGAAUUCCGAUUGAUUAAUUAAAUUAAGACAAUUUUACUGUGAUAUUAGUCAUUAAAUUAUAAGAAAAAUUUUUGAAUGAGAUUGAAUGUGAAAUUAUUAGAAACUUUGACAAUAUAGAUUGUUAGGUUAUGAAA